ACUGGUUGGGCGUCAGCGUGUGCCUUCUGUGUUACACCCCACAGCAUCGCACAUCAAUUUAUACAACUUCAAGGUUGGCGAAGUCAUCACAAUCUUGGGCCGACGCUACUACCUAACCAGCUGCGAUCCUGCAACCCGCACUUACCUCACAUCCCUUGGGUUACACAUCCCACCUGAUUUGUCAGAUCCCAGUCUUACAGCUUUCCAGGAUUUCUUACCAGCAUCAACACCAGCGGCUGGUGUUGGGAAAUUGAAAUUCUCGAGUGAAUGGCCUAAGCAGCAUUCCUUGGCAACAUUCGUCAACAGGGCUGGGCAGGUACUCAGGUUCUUUGGAGAAUGGGUCGACUACGACAAGAAUAUGGGUGGGGUCACGACGCCUGUGGUCGAAAAGGUAGAACUUCGAUACUACUUAGAGGACGAUACAGCCGAGGUCCGCGUUCAUCAUCUCACUCCCCAUCAAGAUGCCCUGACGCCUGCCAAACCCCACUUGCCCACGAAAUUCCUGAAGAGGGGACCCGUGGCCAAGGAACUAUCAGAGGUCAACGGAGCUGGAAGUUUAGGAGCCGUGGGUCGUCCAACCCUGAACUUGGUUGGACUUCGAGGGGCGGGGGCCCACCUCAAGGACCGGAGACCACAGGCGCUGCCCAGUCCAUCUUUUCUGAAGCCUUCCGAACUCCUGCUGGGGAAUGCCGUGUCCGUCGGAGGACGCCUCAUGCGACUCUGCGACUGCGACUCCUUCACAACCAUCUAUUAUAAGAACGUUUUUGACAUUGACCAAGUACCUGUGGGGUACAAGUACCUGCAGAAGAGCAUCGGGAUGCACCAGACGCCUCGAAUCACGCCUUUGGAUCCUCGGUGGCUGGAAGAACCUCCCAGAGAUCCUCUGCACCCUCUCCCCACGACGGUCACUACCAUAGUGGGCGGGUAUCACGCCCGCGACAUCAGGGACGGUUAUGAAGGAACCAUCCUGCGCUUCGGAGCCAGACUUGUCACCGACAAGGAGAAAGACCGAGAGAGAGAAUUCGUCAUCAAUUUCUAUGUCUUCGACUCGACAGUGUCUGUCUUUGAGGUUCCCAGACUGAAUUCAGGCAUGCGAGCUGGUAUGUUCCUGUCGAGAGGCCUGGUAGUGAAAGGCGAAAAUGGGGAGUGCGUCAGAGGUCAAGAUCUUUACGCUGGUAAUGUGAUCAUGCUCAACUCCCACACCUUCUACAUCACCCACGCUGAUGAAUUCACCCUGAACUUCAUGGAAACACACGCUGAUGAGUAUCCCCAGGCAAACUACAACGUGGCCUUAGAUAAGGCUCGGCAGGUGCUAGGUCACCAUGAACUGACCGAUCUCCUGCGGAAAUGGACGCCGAGCGACCCUGACAAGACAGGGUUCGCCCCAACGAGUUUAGUUCAGAGUGCGCUGUUUUCAGCACUAGGUUCGUUGGGGUCAUCCUCCGUGAACAAACAACACAUCGCCUCCCUCGUGCAGCGACACCGCCAGCUGGGGGCGGCGCCCCCUUCGCGCCAACAGCUCACUCAUCUGGCUGCUCUGCAUCUCAAAAGGAAGAACUUUGACGGAAUUCCUGACCUCAUGUCUGGACUGCGUGGGCGUGACAUCGAGGCCAAGGGCGUCCUGCCCGCAUGUGACUUGAGGGCAGCUGUGGUGGCCACGAGACUUCCUUUCCCGACAGCACUCACCGACGCCCUGGUGGAGAGCUUCAAACGGGAAGAUGGCACGAUUGACUACGCACAUUUCUGCCAUGAACUUGAUUACCGGAUACGACAUAUCCACGAUCACAUUCCUUGUCAACUGGACGAAGCGUCGCUGGAAGUGGCCUUACGGAGAUUAGAAGACAAGGUUGACUACAUAAACCUUGUUGCUGAUCUGGAAGGAAGCGCUAACUCACAUCACUUCGCUGGUUCAGGCGUCGUUUGAUGUAGUAUUAUAUA